UGGAUGCCCUCCAUGCACUAGCUAGCCCUUCUCUGUCUGUUAGUGAUCAUGAAGAAUCCAAUGCGACUAUUCUCCGUCGUUUUCCUUCUCUUGCUGCUUGUGGCCACGGAGAUGGGGCCAAUAAUGGUUGCUGAGGCCAGGACAUGCGAGUCUCAGAGCCAUCGAUUUAAGGGCAUAUGCAUUCGGCACAGCAACUGCGCUACUAUUUGCCAAACUGAAGGCUUCCAUGGAGGACACUGCCGAGGGCUACGCCGUCGCUGCUUCUGCACUAAGCAUUGUUAGUCAAUAUAUAUGAGGACAAGCAAAUCAUACGUUAUCCUCUUCACUGGGGCUUUGUGAGCUUCAGAAUAAGAUUAUGGUUCGUGCGUUUGUCAUAUGUGAUCCUUAAUUAAGUAUGUGUUAACCCUGUUUUGGCUUAAUUUGUAUUUCUUUAAUGAGACUAUGAUUCUGCUUAUCUA